UAAUACGUCAAAUUGGUUAAAUAGUCGUAAUUUAAUUUCAAAGUUUCAGAUUUCUGUGAUUGGUUUUUGGUACCUACCUAGAUUUUUUAAGGAAAUUAAAUUACAUAAAAUUAUUGCAAAGGCGAAGUCGUGCAGUGUAACAGAAAAAGGCAAAACAAUCAAGUAUUACGUAACAAUUGGUUUGGGACAAAAUGUUCAAUUUGGGCUUUAUUGGUGGAGGAAAUAUGUCUACAGCAAUAGCCAAAGGAAUUUUGAAUGAUAAUGCCCACCCAGCAUCAAACAUAUGGGUGUCUGGACCGCGAUUAAACAACUUGAAGCAUUGGAGUGAAUUUGGGGCCCACACCACAACGAAAAAUGGUGAAAUUUUGGCAAAUUGUGAUGUCGUGUUUCUGGGUGUCAAGCCAGGCCUCUUAAACACCGCUGUUGAGGAGUGCAUCAGUUAUUUACAUGGUGCGACAACGAAACCAGUGCUCUUCAUAUCUAUGCUUGCCGGAGUUACUCUUGAUCAGCUACAUAAGGCUUUGCAAUCCCUGAAUGUGAAUGUCAUCCGUAUCAUGCCGAAUACACCAAUGAUGGUGGGAGCUGGUGCUUGCUUAUACACCCCCGAUACAUCUGUUACUGAAGAACAGUGCCUUUUACUUGAAAAGCUGCUGAAGGGGUGCGGGUUGUGUGAAAAGGUUCCAGAGAAUUUGCUAGACUCUCUUGGCAGUUUGACUGCUUGUGGCCCUGCUUUUAUGUACAUAGUUAUAGAAGCACUGGCUGACGGGGCAGUGAAGCAAGGCGUGCCCCGCGAGACGGCCACGCGGCUGGCGGCGCAGACGGCGGCGGGCGGCGGCCGCAUGGUGCUCGGCGCCGGCAGGCAUCCCGCCGUGCUCAAGGACGAGGUCUGCUCGCCGGGGGGGUCUACCAUUUGUGGAGUUGCUGUCUUGGAACGUGGAAAGAUAAGAGCAACAUUGAUAGAUGCGAUUGAAGCUUCGACACUGAGGAAUAAAGAAUUAGGAAAGAAGUAAUGAGAAACGACACAGAUUUCAACUAAUGCAAAUGUAAUUAGCACAAUUACGUAUCUUAAUAAUUUAUUUUAUGUGUCUAUGCCCAUAUUUUGUCUUGUUGUGAUGAGAUCACUAUACAUGUAUAGUAAGGACGUAAUUAACGGUAUCAGUAUUCAAGGCAAAAUGAACUAUCAAGAACUAUAUACUUUAAAGUUUACACAAGAUUGAACUCGAUGCCUGUUAAGAGAGGGCUCUCGGCUUACUAGCGCAACCUUCUUUCUCAGAUUUCUUCUAAUUCUCUAAUCUAAAAAAAUAUCACUAGAGAUUAUAAUAGAUAGUAUUAUAGUUUUCCAUUAAACAACGUGUAGGCCCAAUUUAUACCAAUAUGUAGAAGGAUUUCGGUGGCCACCGUUUACACCAAUAAAUAAAAAAUAUUGAAAAAUGUGAUGGGGGCGUUAGAGUGCGGUCGUGUCGUUUGCCCAGUCUUAACCUGCCAUUUUACCACAAUUUCGGGAAACAAGUACUUAACAACAUUCUACUCUCUUUACUAGUAUUACUUACUAGCUGAUGCCCGUAACUUCGUUCGCAUGGCUGAACAAUAUUUGGUAGUCAAAAUUAUUAGAGAAAUUUAAUUGUACAGACAAGCCGUAACGAUACCUAUACAGAAGAAUGUUCAUACGAUUGAGAUAUAUAUUUCCUAUAGUUUAGCUGGACCAUUAUGACUCUUCUUCAGGUAUUCCAGACCAGGCUGAACAACUUUUAUUAAGGCGUUAUUUCUAUAUUUCUAAUAGUUUCGCUGGACCAUCAUGGGUCAUCAGGUGUUUUAGAUCUUAAUUUUUUUACAUCAAUAGAAAAUGCUCAUCAGACUGAACAACUUUUAUUAGGGCGUCAUUUCUAUAUUUCCUGUAGUUUAACUGUACCUCUGGGGUUGGGUCUGCAUAAGGUAUUCCAGAUAUUCGAUUUUUUUACCUCAAAAGAAAAUGCUCAUCAGGCUGAACAUGUUUUGUGAAGUCGUUAUUUCUAUAUUUCCUAUAAUUUAGCUGUACAAUCUAGCUUGGCUUUAGCUACAUCAGGUGUUCCAACUCUUCGAUUUUUAUAUAUCGACAGAACAUGCUCAUCAGGCUGAACAAAAGGCGUAAUUUCUAUAUUUCCUAUGGUUUAGCUGUACCAUCAUUGUUCUCCAUCAUGUGAUCCAGUUUUAAAAUCAUUUAUACCCUAUAUUUUGCCCAGGUUUAAUAGCUAUAUAUAAAAAAAAAGUUUCAUUCAAACCCAUCCAAUAGUUGCGAAGAUCAGACAAACAGACGGAGUUUUUUUAUUAUUAUUUCUCUGUUACUAUGACUCUAUCCCCUAAUUUUGUUUUCAUGUAAAAUAUUCAAUGUACAGGAAAUUUCUUUUUACUGUUUUAUUAUAUGUAUUGAUUAUUGUAUUUUAUUAUACGAUACUAAUACGAAUCUUUUGGUAUUCAGAAAAAGCUAUUUAUGCUUACAUUUUGAAAAUAAUAUUUGAAUCACAAAGUGAGACAACAUUUACUAUUAGAUAAAAUACCAAAAGAUCCGAAGAUACCUAUAUUUUUAUAUUUAACAAUUGUACCUAUGUUAAUUGAAUGUAUAAUCGGUUAAAUUAUUUACAAUUUAUUUUAUCAGUAUUUAAAGAUGAUGUAUUUUCUCUCUGUAUGAUAUGACACAGCAUAUUUAAUGACAAUUUUGUGUAGAAUCUCAGUUUUUGCUACCUUAUUAUUCGUGUAGCAUGUUGUUUUAGUUCAACUCACGUACUUAAAGUACAAUAUUAUGUUGGUAUUAUUAAGUUAUGUAAAUUGUUAUAUUUGAAAUAUGUUACUAGUCAGUUUACUUUGAGUAACAGUUUGAAGCUUUUAAAGACGGCGAAUGAGGGUUAUCGUUUUUACGCUCACGUGUUGGCGUCACUGGCGACAGAGGCCUUGUCACAUUGACUGACAUUUUAAAGAAGUUUCAUAAUUCAUAAGAAAUCUUUCAUAUUUGCCUUUGACAUGGACCCUAUUCUACACUAACAUCUAGCAGCAAAUUUAAUCACGUUAGCCCUUAUUGCCUACCGCUUAAUAAGAGUAGGUACAUAAGACUCCACAUUGUUGUGUCUGUACAUAUAUUUUUUUAAUACUUCUAAAAUCUGUACUUGUCUAUGUAAGUCUUACAGUUGCUAAAAACUGCAUUAAAAUGUUUACACAUUUUCAAAUUACGCUGAAAUAAAAGAUGGUGCGCUGCUUAUCAA